AGAAGGUUCCCUUUCCUGACAUACGGCUCCAGUCGUCUCGCAGUGUCUCCGGAGCGCUACGGCGGCCCCGUCAAACGCCGGCACUGGCGCUCGCGUUGGCAGGCAGCAGGAGUAUUGACUAAUCUCUGUUUGUACCGGUUUCACGCGGAACUCUUGCUGUCAGGACAUGGGAUGGCCUGCAAUACUGAGGGCACCCCUGUGGUUCUUGAGGCUAAAGAAAUUCUUACAAAGGAAUCGAAUGUGCAAGAGGUACGUUGCCCCGUCACCGUCUGCGGGGAUGUCCACGGUCAAUUCCACGACCUUAUGGAACUCUUUAGAAUCGGUGGGAAGUCGCCAGACACAAAUUACCUGUUCAUGGGAGACUACGUGGACAGAGGCUAUUACUCGGUGGAAACGGUCACUCUCCUAGUAGCGCUGAAGGUGCGUUACCCAGAACGCAUCACAAUCCUGCGGGGCAAUCACGAAAGCAGGCAAAUCACACAAGUGUAUGGCUUCUACGACGAAUGCCUGCGGAAGUACGGCAACGCCAACGUCUGGAAGUACUUCACAGAUCUGUUUGAUUAUCUUCCGCUUACGGCUCUAGUAGACGGCCAGAUAUUCUGUCUCCACGGUGGCCUCUCUCCAUCCAUAGAUACACUGGAUCAUAUCAGGGCUCUGGACCGCCUGCAGGAAGUCCCACACGAGGGUCCCAUGUGUGAUCUGUUGUGGUCGGAUCCGGAUGAUCGUGGCGGCUGGGGUAUAUCUCCGCGUGGUGCUGGCUACACGUUUGGGCAGGAUAUUUCCGAAACGUUUAACCACGCCAACGGUCUCACGCUGGUCUCCCGUGCUCACCAGCUCGUCAUGGAGGGUUAUAACUGGUGCCACGACCGGAACGUGGUUACCAUCUUCAGUGCCCCCAAUUACUGCUACCGUUGUGGGAACCAGGCUGCUAUCAUGGAACUAGAUGACACUUUAAAAUACUCCUUCCUCCAGUUCGACCCAGCGCCUCGUCGCGGAGAGCCCCACGUUACCCGUCGUACCCCAGACUACUUCCUAUAAACCUCUCCCAACCUUUGUAGAAGGAAGUACACCUGGCGUUUUAAAGAGCAACAAUAUUUACACGUUUCUGUAAGAAAUCGGGGUUCGUCUCAACUUAAAAAAAAAAAAAAAAAAUCCCCAUCAUGGACCAAAACGUGCCAUAGCGAGGAUGAGGAGCGUUUAGCACAACUUGAGACUGACUUCCUUACAGCACUCCCUCUCCCUCUCCCGUAUCCGACAGUCGGUUUGCCUGCUGUGUCUGUAGUC